AUGUCUAGACCAGAAGAGCUUGCUCCACCCGAGGUGUUUUAUAAUGACACAGAAUCAUUCAAAUAUACAUCUUCGACUCGUGUACAGCACAUCCAGGCCAAGAUGACAUUACGAGCCUUGGAACUACUAAACCUUGAUUCAGAGCAACCACACUUUAUUCUUGAUCUAGGGUGUGGGUCAGGUCUCUCGGGCGAGAUUCUUACCGAGGAGGGUUAUAAUUGGGUUGGUAUGGAUAUUUCCCCCAGUAUGUUGGCUACUGCCUUGGAUAGAGACGUUGAGGGAGACUUGUUCCUUGCCGAUUUGGGUAAUGGAGUGCCAUUCCGUGCAGGUACAUUUGACGCUGCCAUCUCCAUCUCAGCGAUCCAGUGGUUAUGUAACGCCGAUACUGCUGGUGUUGAUCCCAAAAAGAGAUUAUUGUAUUUUUUCAACACAUUGUAUGCGUCGCUAAAGAGAGGUGGGAAGUUUGUUGCACAAUUUUAUCCCAAAAACGAUCAACAGACAGAGAGUAUAAUGAAUGCAGCCAAAGUUGCUGGGUUUGGCGGUGGUGUUGUGUUGGAUGAUCCAGAACUGAAAAGUAAAAAGAAGUAUUACUUGGUGUUGACUGCGGGUGUUUCUGAACGAAAUAUCAAUUUAGCUGGUGCUGAGAUGGAGGUGGAUGCAAAGAAUGAUAGAAAGGAAAAUAGGAAAAAGAGAAAGUUGGCUGAGUCUCGAAAAGAAUAUAUCAAUAGAAAGAAGGAGACUAUGAGGAGGAGAGGUAGAAAAGUUGCCGAAGACUCCAAGUUCACUGGUCGUAAGAGAAAGCAUAGAUUUUGA